AAGAUCUCUCCUGCGAUUGUCUAUUAGCACACGCAAGCCCAAUCAGCAUUAAUAUAGAUUCUUCUAGCUCGCCUUUUGGAAUUCGUCUGGAUUGCGUAUAUCCGGUUGAACAAGCUUCGCCAAAUUCCUACUGUAAACUUUGAAGAUUUUGAGCAGAACUCACCAUACGAAAUCGCCGGUGCUGUCGAGCGACAGGAUAUUAAGGAGUCUUUUAGGUCUGACUGCAAAGGGUUGAUACGGUGUACCGGUUGUUGGAUCUGUAUGGUGGAUAUGUCGGUUCUCAAAGGGAAGGAACAUCUCACCUGGUCAACCCUACGAGAUAGCCUUGGUCUUCCGGAAGAUUCUGACGAAAACAUAUCAAGUCCGACAAGUCCGGCUCUCGAGCAGGACCUAUAUACAUUCGGCUUAUCGAUAGCCGAGCCCCCAGUAGUAGUCUGCUGUAACAACUGCAAUAAAUCCAUUCUACAAACUGCUUUUGCUGAUCAUUUGAAAAUCUGCACGAGCACCCCAGUAACUGAACCGCACCAACUAUCCAUGGAGCCUCCAAAACCCAUCAGCUUAAUACAGAAAAAGCGAAAAAAGCUUGAGACGAAUUCAGCAAGUGCGAGCGAUGCUGAGAAAACUGACAAAGCCGACAAAUCCGAGAAAAUUGACAAACCCAUAAAGUUAUCGAAAGCCACAAGAGCUGUCAAAGGGCCUAUUGACCUGGAUAAACAGUGCGGAGUUCGUCUGGAUUCCGGUGCACUCUGUACCCGAUCCAUAACAUGCAAGAUUCACUCUGUUGGUGCCAAACGAGCAGUUCAGGGCCGAUCACAACAGUAUGAUAUUCUGUUUCAGGAGCAUCAAGCAAAGAACAUGGGGAGAGGUUUCAAGCCGGGUGAUUCUCGAGCUGGCACGCCGGUGGGGAAGUUGAAUGGCGUGGCAAGAAUAGGGACGGGGAGCCCGUCAGGGUUUGGUGCCGGGGAUCCUGUUUUGGACAAACCUUUGACAAAGGACGAGGAGGCAGACCUUGUCUUCAACGCUAUACGACUGCACCGGCCGACACCUAUGGCGGUGCAGCCUGUCUACGCAGCGGUGGAGGUGGUGUUGGCAUUUAAACGACGGCAAGCACUGGUGAAUGCCUUUCAGGGCAAACCAGUGUGAUGAGCGAGUCACCCUUACUUUUCCCCCUAAUUUAUGCAAAGUCAUAUAGACUUUAGGAGCAUGUCUUUGCACGAUACCCCAAAAUACAUCUGUAAACAAUACGCAUAAUACAAGACGGACAAUAAUACAAAAACGUCUACAAAAAAGCUACACACAUAACAACAAUUUC